AUGGCAGCCAGCGCUGAGAAGACGGACCUCCAAACCAACGCUGGUCACAGGGCUGUGAUAUUGCCAAGCGAAGCACCACCGGAGGCUGAACAAUCCGAUGUUUACCAGACACCGCCUCAUGGGCUGAAGGAAUGGCUCUUCAUUCUCAUCUUGUGCUCAACGCAGCUUUUCGUUCAGGGCUCCUUUGGAUAUAUCCUCAUUCCCUUGCAUAUCGUGGGGCAAACCUUCGGUCAGGGACCAUCUGAGGCCACCCGGAUGACCUGGCAUGUGGGCGGCUAUAGCUUGACGGUGGGCACGUUUAUUCUGAUUGCGGGGAAACUCGGCGAUCUGUAUGGUUCCAAGCGCAUCCUUAUCCUGGGUUGGACAUGGUUCGGCGUUUGGUCCGUCAUCGGCGGCUGCAGUGCCUUCACACACUCACCAGUGUUCUUUGACACUGCUCGAGCGCUCCAGGGCAUUGGGCCAGCAUUGCUUCUCCCAAAUGCGCUCGCAAUUGCUGGGAGAACUUACCCACCUGGCAAGAAGAAGAACAUGAUCUUCUCAGCAUUUGCCGUGGCCGCACCACUGGGAUGCUUUACCGCCGGGCUCAUCGGUUCGGCCUUCGCACAGGACGUCUGGUGGCCCUGGGUGAUGUGGACGUACAGCAUCGGAUGCUUCAUUAUUGCGGCCGUUGGCCUUUGGGUGAUUCCAGCAGACUAUCCGCGCUUCCAAAAGGCCGCGGGACUCCAGUUUGACUAUAUCGGGUCGGGCCUGGGCGUUGCAGGCUUGCUCUUGCUCAAUAUCUCAUGGAACCAAGCGCCAAUCGACGGCUGGUCCACGCCUUAUGUUUAUGUCUUGUUGAUUGUUGGAUUCCUCGUUCUGGGUCUCUUUGUUCUCCAGGAACGGCGCGCCGUGGAUCCGAUACUGGAUGUAUCCAUUUUUAGUCGACGGGUUGUAGCAAUCCUGGUGACUACCGGCUUAGGAUGGAGCAGUUUUGGUGUCUGGUUCUAUUACUUGUUCCAGUUUAUCCAGCAAUUUCGACAUGUGUCCCCUUUGGAUUCAGCAGUGCAGUUCGCGCCAGGGGCCAUCUCUGGGAUUCUGGCUGCCGUUGCCACACCCUAUCUGAUGGCCGUCAUCACUAGCGGCUGGCUGAUGGCAAUCGCUUGUGCUGCGUUUCUGGGUGGAUGCAUCCUGCAAAGUACGGCACCAGUAGAGCAGUCCUACUGGAUGAAUACGUUUUGGUCGUUUGUUAUCAUGGCCUGGGGUAUGGAUAUCUCCUUCCCUGCGUCCACUACUAUCUUGAGUGAUGCAGUGCCCGUCAAGCACCAAGGAGCCUCCGCAUCACUAGUCAACACCGUCAUCAAUUACUCGAUCGCCAUCGGUUUAGGCAUAGCGGGGACGGUGGAGGCGGAAGUAAGUCAUCAUGGCGUGAACCAGUUAAGAGGGUACCGUGCUGCCCUGUGGUCGUCUGUGGGACUGGCUGCACUUGCAUUUGGUAUCGCUUUGGUGUAUGCGGUCUGCACAUUCCAGGAGCAGCGAAGCUCUAGAAAGAGCAGCCAGGAAGGCAGCAGAGAGCCUGUAUAG